ACAACGAGAUCAUCAACGGGAAGUGUAUGCUACAUGUUACUGUUGCAUAUGUUAUGCACACGGCAUGUGCAAUCUUCAUACAGUAGCUCUGGUGCUUUGAAUUAGCCAUGGACAAGCGCAUAGGCUGUGUAUACUCUUGGAAGUAUCGCAGUUUCAGUGUGAUGAUGUCAUGCGGAUAAUGUGUUCCUGCAUGUAGUGCCGUUGUUUGAGCCGAUUUCCCCCAUAUCAUGACAUAUGUGGCUUGCAAGCUAGUCAAUGUGUCUGAUGUCAUAGUCAAAGAGCUCGGAAAGGGCACCUUCGCAACCGUUGUGGCGUGCAAAAACUUACAGACCAAUCGGACCAUGGCCGUGAAGAUCAUCAAGAACAUUACCAAGUAUCGCGAGGCGGCCUUUCUCGAGAUCAAGGCUCUGCGGGAACUGCAGAAGUGCGACAAGACAAAUGCAGAGUAUGGGACAUUCGGGCUGUGUGGGGGUGGUUGA